CUGAGCUGUUCUUGAGAUAUUUUUCGUUGUGAAGGCAUAUAAAAGCUCGUCCCAAAACACUUACCAAUUUAGUUCAUUUUUAUUUGAGUAAAAGCUAACACUAUGCGUGUGAUAGUAGUACUGAUUGCCUGUUUUUAUUUUUGUGUUGUUCUCGGUCUUGAAAAUGGAUUGGCACGGUUACCACCUAUGGGCUGGAUGACUUGGGAAAGAUUUCGUUGCAUAACUGACUGCAAAAAAUAUCCAACAGAAUGCAUUUCAGAAAAUCUGAUUAUGAGAACUGCUGACCUGAUGGUUUUGGAGGGAUAUCUAGAUGCAGGUUAUGAAUAUGUAAAUAUCGAUGACUGCUGGAUGAUGAGGGAAAGAGACUCGGAAGGAAAGUUGCAUGCAGAUCCUGAGCGUUUCCCCAGUGGGAUAAAAUAUUUAUCCGAUUAUAUACACUCAAAAGGACUUAAAUUCGGAAUAUACCAAGACAUUGGUACUCACACAUGUGCUGGAUAUCCAGGAAUGAAAAAUUACUUUGAAAUAGAUGCAAAAACCUUUGCUGAGUGGGAAGUAGAUUUUAUUAAAAUCGAUGGAUGUUAUGCAGACGAAGUCAAAAUGGUUGAUGAUUAUGUAUAUUUUGGAGAGCUUAUGAACCAAACUGGUCGACCAAUCUUAUACUCUUGCAGUUGGCCGGCCUAUCAGGAGUAUAACGGGAUAACUCCAAACUACGAGACGCUUAAGAAGACCUGCAAUAUGUGGAGAAAUUGGGGUGAUAUCGAAGAUUCUCAUAGCUCGGUUGAAUCAAUUACGCAGUACUUUUCUGACAAUCAAGACCGCAUUCAACCACAUUCUGGGCCAGGCCACUGGAAUGAUCCAGAUACGCUCGUUCUUGGCAACUAUGGCCUCAGUUAUGAACAGAGUAAAUCACAAUUGGCAGUAUGGACUAUUCUCGCGGCACCUUUUCUUCUAUCUAAUGAUCUAGCAAGAGUUACACCGGAUGUAAAAGCUCUUCUUUUGAAUAAAGAGAUAAUUGCGAUGAAUCAAGACUCCUUAGGCAUUCAAGGGUUGUUAGUAAAAACAGUCAACAAAAUCGAGAUAUGGAAAAAACCUAUUCUACCGAAGGUGAAAGAUGAGAUGACCCAUGGCAUAGCUUUUGUAAGCCGACGAGCCGACGGAGCACCGUAUUCCGUCAGUGUCAAGGUGAUUGAAGAUCUUGGACUAGGUGGCAGCCAGUAUAUCAAAGGAUACAUGGUUUACGAUCUUUUUGACGCAGAGCAUAAACCAUUUUUCGUUAAAGUAAACGGAACUUUCAACACACGUAUUAACCCAACGGGAGCAAACUUAUACCGGUUUGAACCUGUACUUAAUAUAAUUCUUCGAGGAAAAAUGGAUAUAAACAUGUACUAGUAUUAUUAUACUUUAUACAGAAAA